GAAGUAAGAUUUUAACUACUUGAUAUUACAUUUUCUUUUUAAUAGUUAAAGGUUUGAUAUCUUUUAUUUUUGCUAUUACCAUUCUUAUUUCGAUAUUCUUAGCAAACCUGUUAUAAAUCUUCCAUCAAUAUAACUAUAAAACCUUUUUUUAUUAGUACAAUAUUUCUACAAAGAAUAUUGUUUGACUAAAAAAAAAAGAAAGAUAAUAAAAUCUCAUCAAGGAAUCUGAUCCUUUUUUUGUAUUGAUUCAUAUACAAAAGCCGGCCUUAGAGAGCAACUUGUAUCAUUUGAGAAGUCAUAUAUACUUCCAAUAUCGAUACCUAUAGAUUUUAUUCAUAUUCUCUGGUGUGGGAGAAUAUAAAUAUAUUACUCGGGAGCUUUCACUAAAAACCUUUUAACAAAAAUGCUUCAAGUUGGACUUCUACGCCUUUAUAAGGAGAACCAUCCUUAUAAUUUACUUCAAACUAAAAUAAACAUAUUUGCUUUUAUAAAUAAGCACUUAUUUUCAGCUUCUUCUGCACUUUUCCCUAAUGCUGGACAAAUAUUAAACUUGGCAAAUAAAAAGUUUGGUCCAUCAUUUUGUGCCGCAGAUGAUCUUGAUCUUUUCAAUACUUAUGCAGCUAAUGCUGAACAGAUUGAAUUCCAAGACUUUAAGAACCCAGGGGUUCAAAAUUUGAAUAAUACUUUAGAUUUCCAUCCAUAUCAAGAGAAAUCAAAUACUCAUUAUUCACAUUCUGCACCAGUUCAAAUCCGUUCAAAUUCAAACAAUAACAACAUUGGUAAUAAUGGUACAAAUAACUUUAAUCAAAUUUCUCAUCAUGGAAGUCAUGAACUGAAUCAAGGACUUGUAUCUAAUUUCCAACAAAUCCAUUACCAAGAAUUCCAACCAAUGCCACCAGCUCAAGUUUCAGUUUCUCAUUAUAACCUUAAUAUGAAUGGAGUUAAUGGAUCCAAUGAUUUCAUUAAUGAUCUGUACUUUAAUGAUUUCAUGUCAAAUUCGGUUAAUUCAAGAGAUUCUAUUGAUUAUCAAUCAGUUUAUGGAUCAUCAAGUGAAAGUUAUGUAAGUCCAUUAGAUGAUGAAUUUUAUAAGAAACUUAGUCCUGGAACCAUUAUUUCUGAAUUUGAUUCAAAUCAAUCUAUUACUAAUGAACCUAUUACUGCUGCUACCACUGCUACCAACAGAAAGAGAAGAUUAGAACUGAGUCCAUCUCCAAACGUAAACUUCUAUGAUGUUGAUACUAUUUUCAAUGAUUAUUUGAUGGAUAACUCUAAAUAUAAUGAGCAAUCUGCAUCAGUACCAUCAGUUGUUAAACAAGAAGAACCAGAAUCUUUUAGUAUUCCACAACCAUCUCAAACACAUUCUCAAGAUGAACUGGACUCUCCAAUUGUGCGACGCGAUUCUAAUCCUAUCAAGAAGGUUAAACUUGAAGGAGAUCUUAGCACUGCUAAAUAUACUUGUUCUCAUUGUGAUGCUAAAUUUAAGGUAAAAGGUUAUUUGACUAGACAUUUGAAGAAACAUAAUUCUUCAAAAGCAUUCAUGUGUCCAUUUUAUCAAGAAAAUGCAACCAAUGUAAAUGCUUGUAAAAAGAAUGUAUUUGCAGGAACUAAAUGUCAUCCAACUGGUGGAUUUUCAAGAAGAGAUACCUACAAGACACAUUUAAAGGCAUUACACUUUAUUUAUCCACCAGGAACAAAGUCAAAUGAAAGAAACUCUAUUGGAGGCAGAUGUGCUGGAUGUUUCAAGUAUUUUGAAAAUAAUCAUAGAUGGUUAGAUGAACAUAUUGAAAAGGGUACUUGUGAAGGAUGGGUUAAAACUCCAUAAUAUGAACCAUUUACAAAGUCUUUUUCAUUUUCAUAAUGUUCGAGCAAUCCAUCUAUUUUUUAUUUCUUUUGGAUGUUUGGAAUUGGUUGUUUGGUUAUCUGGUUAUUUCCACAAUUUUAAUUCCUUUUUCUAUCAUGGUUAAGGGGGUUCCACAUUUUUUCUACUAUAAAAGCUUAGUUUACUAUUUUUUUAUGAUUUUUUCAGUUCGUUGUGUAUCUUUACUAAUUUUAUUUUAAUAAUAUAAUCUAUAUUCAAA